CCAAAAGAGAAUGGAGAAGGCCAAAAAUGAAAAUGAUGUUUUUAUUUAGUUUUGAGGCACAGUCUUUUUCAGGAGUAAAACAUACAUCCUUUGUGGCGUGUUUGGGGUUAAAAAGCCAAAAAAGAAAGAAGAUUUUGGAUCGAAAAGCAUUCGCAUUUGGUAGCAUGGACUAUUUUGACACACACACACACACACGCACACGCAAACACACAGUUUGCUCAACUCCAUAUUACACCUGGAUAUGUUGCAACGGAUGAAGUUUUGAGCUAAGCUGGGUGCAGAUUUCGGGGAUGGUGAUCGGGGGCGUGGCACUGCUGGCAAUCGUCAUCGUCCUUAUCGUUGCCGCCGUCAAACACUGCAAGAAGCGCGGCCGCAACGUGGAACCUGUCCAGACAGAGAUGACUCCUCCUUACGGCUACCUGCCACCUAUGUACCACUCUGACCCUCCGCCUAGCUACCAGGCCACUUCCGAUGGAGAUACCGGAAUGCCACAUGAACCUCGCAAGGUCCCGCUCUAAGGCAACCGGAUUUAGAUGCUCUUUGUGCUCUGUAUAUGUCGUUUGGAAUAAUUGAAAAUUAAAAAAAUAUCAGCUGUUCAUGAAAAACUUUCAUAUUCUUUUCGAGGCUUGGGUAAUUACAACUGUCAUAACAGUGUAUCAGUGUUAAAGUAUCAUGUACAAGUAUAGUUUCACACUCUAACUUUUGGCCAAUUUAAACUUUAUUGGAUUAAAAAAGUUUCACAUUAUAACUUGUUCUAUUUUAUCUUGAGUAUUACUUUUUUUUUUAAA